UUACAUUACUGUACAUGCUGUCCACCCUGUUACUCGCUGCCAGCCUUGUUAUAAAUGAACAAUUAUUUUGCAUAUUUUUGUGGUUACUGGGAAAUAAACUGUCUUUACAGUCCUCACUCCAGACAUUAUAUAACAAGCUUGCACAGUGGACUGAAUCAUUUCAAUCAAGAUGAAUCCCAGCAUCACUUUUAGUCUUUUGUGUGCGCUCCUCUCUGAAGUGGCUGCACUCACUUGCUAUCAGUGCGCUACGGAUCCUUGCACAAAAACUGAGACCUGUAGUACAGGAUUAUGUGCCAGCCAGACUGUGACUACAUACUCAGAGGCUAAAAAUGAGGUCAAAAAUUCGAAGAGCUGUUUGUCAUCCUCUUUGUGUGUCUCUGGGUCAUUGAACUUUGGAUUCAGGAGGACGAUAAUAAGCACCGAAUGCUGCCAUGAGGACAACUGCAAUUCACACGCUCCUGUGUUCAAUACAAAUUCGUCUGCCAAUGGGAAGACGUGUUUCACCUGUAAAGGAUAUGACUGCACAAAACACCUGGCAUGUGUUGGAAAUGAGGACCGUUGCAUUACAGCAAAAGAUGAGGUGGAUGGGCAGACAAUCGAGUUGGCAGGAUGUGCCUCCAGCAGUCUCUGCGUCGGAGACUUCUCGGAACAGGUCGGCGCUGUGGCUGUAGCGUUGACCUGCUGUGAGGGGGACCUGUGCAACAGCGGCCAGAGUGUGGGCCAGAGUGUGCUGCUCCUGCUGGGGUCUCUCGUGUCUGUCCUGGUCUUCCACUGAGUGGGUUGCCUUUUGGAGUCUCUCCCAGGUUACAGUUCACCUGCCUCAUCUCUGCAAAAUGAGAGGCCAUUGAUGAAUGUCUGCUUUGCACUACUCACGUUGGGAAUGAAAAUCUUUAAAAUUAAUGAAUGUAUUUUUAUUUCAAAUAUAUUGAUUGUGAGACAUAUCUGUGAAUAGUACUUGCUACAGUAACAUGUCAUAGUCACACAGUAACUUGAUCCUUUUUUUUUGUGAGUCACUUUGGUUAAAAGCUUCAGCUAGUGACUAAAUGUAAAUGAGGAUAUGUUUUUUUUAAUGAUUGAUUAAACUUACCACCCUUUGUUUUGAAAUGACAAAAUUUAAAUGUGGAAAGGGUUUAAC